AUGUCGGGUCGCAGCGCCAUUGUGCGCAAGAAGAUCACCGAGCCCAAGAAAUCUACGGGAGCAUCGCGGGGCCGGGCCGGGUCAGUACGCAGUCGGCCAAGUUCGACUCAGGACGAUGAUAGCUACACCAGAGAGAACAGACCUCAAGCUCCGGCAUAUCCGCCCACAAAUGGGAGGCUGCUCAAAUUCUCCGACGCUGCUCGCGCAUCUGAGCCCUCGCUCCGACUGGACGCAGCCAAUCUGAGCAGCCUCAGCCACAGCAGCCAUGAAUACGACGCUGGCGACAACGGCAGAGACGGAAGGCACUACGACCACGUGGACGAAUACGCAUUUUCCCGGCCGAGAAAGCCCGUGCAGAGGACAGAAGAUGUGUCUGGUAUCGAAAAGUCUGGGUUCCGGAGCACGGUGGACAAGAAGAGUGAGGAAGUCCGCAAGAACCUCACAAAGGCAUUCUCUUUUGGUGGCAGAAAGAAGAAAGCAGCCGAGGAGCUUGAAAUCCGCGCGCCAUCCGCAGCAACACAUCGUACCUUUGGGGAAACCAGCCCUUAUGAAGCCAACGAGACACCACCGCUUCCCGAAACUCCGGGCGUGGAUCUGCAGUGGAAUCCCUCGCUCCAGCAAAUGGUAUCACCCCCACCGUCCGCGAAACUGCCUCCUCUGCCUCCGGUAGCCAACGCGCCACCCGUGAAACGCUGGCUUGGUGGCGGAAGACCGGUUCAGAAGUGGAACAAGCUUAGGAAAGACCCAGAGCUGUGGGAUCCUAACGGGGACGUUCUCGUCUACUUUGGAUCGAAAGGCCAGAUGCCACGGCCGAACGCGUCUUUCAGGCUUUCGUCCCACAUCAUCGAGGCGACGGAAUCACGCGUGCUGAUCACUCUCCUCCGUGAAGGAUUGCAAGAGGACGACGACGCUACCAUGUACUUCCCGCCAUCGCCAGUCGGUGCGCCGCCGAUGCUGCAUAGUCAACAGCCGGGACGGUCCCGACGGAUCACACCGCCUGCGUCCGAAGACUUAAGCUCGGUGGACGCGGAUGCUCAGAUUUCCUAUCACAUGUUCUUCCCGACGCCACAAGGACUUUCAAAGACGGAUGCACACAGGCACGCGCUCACGACACGCAACGUCUUCGCAUUGCUUUACCACGCGUCUCUAGUUGGCACGUCAUUAUGCCAAGCCUUGACAGAUCUGCUCGCACGCUUAGAUGCCUACAUGCCGUCGGACGCAGAUAAUGUCGGCACGAUGCUAAACUACAUCUCUGCGCGCGAGCUGGAUGACGCUCGUAAUGACCCCGAAAUCUCCAUUUCUUUACUCGCGUGGUCCGAGAAUGCCAACGUUCGCUGGGAGGAAGGCUGGCGUGAGGCAUUCGUUCACGGCGUGGGGAUGUAUCCCUUCGCCGAUCGCUGUGCCGACUUCAAGGCUGUGUCCCCCCUAUCGCGUGCCCUACUGGACAGGGCGUACCUGGAGAUGCAGCUACGCGUCCAGACUGCAGAGGAUCGGCUGGCUGACUUUGCGUUCGACAUCAACUGGCCAUCUUCCACGCCCUCUUCCGAUAAUUCAGCUCAAGCAUCCGCUGAUCGUCUCCGACUCUUCUUUCUAGAGCAUUACACUCAGGCUUACGGCACGUGGCCACCGCCGAGCAAGCCAAGUCGCGCUCGUGAGGGUGAGGAUGUGUGGCUCGACCGCAAUCUCGUGCAAAAGCUGCAAAAGGACUUCGGGGCUCUGUACGACUACUUGGUUGAUCGGCAGAUCCUGUGGGAUGAGUCGGAGACCCGCAGCACGCGCAAAUGGAUGAUGGUCUCAAAAGACAACACCAAGGUCUUUGAGCCCGACACGCCUGAACUGGCGAUGACGGAUCUGCUAAUUGAGUACGACAAUCGCAUGCGGUAUCCCCACAUUCCGCAUCCAUUCCCUCUCAUCCCCGACUCGAUUUCGCCAGUGCAGGGAUCAGGCGCGCAGUCUCGGUUCAAAUGGGAUAAGGCACAGGCUAAAAGUGCUGAAGAUCGGGGCCUCGAGCGCCGCGUGCAACUCGCAUACACAGAGGCUACAAACAUCGACAUGUUGGGUUCGGACUACAUCCAGUCUGACCUCGUGGACUCCUUUGUCCGCUUCGAAAAGUCCGACCUCGUUGGCAUAGUAGAUCCGUCGACGGCUCGUCGUGGCCGUUGGGUGCUUCUAUACGCCAUCCUGCAAACCCUGGCCAGUGUCUCUGUGGAUUCUCCAAACGGUGUGUCAUACCUUUUGUCCCCGCGCCUGAAGGGCACCAAGAUCCCUCCGUGGAAGGGUGCCACAAUGUCAACAGCUGAGGCCACCCACGAAAGGUCAUAUUGUUGGACGGUCCCCUUAGGAUGGAAAGACAGUGGAGAUGAGUAUGACUCGGAUGAUUUUCCCCAAGGCUUGCCGACCAAGGCAUUCCCCCAUCCGCCUCCUUCUGUUGGCAGCCGGUCAAGUCAAGCCGGCUUUCAAACUCCAGGUACUCGGAGUGUGCGAUCCUCAGACAGUGGUGGAGCCUACCUCGGCCUGCAUACUGGAGUUCCAGCGGUCAGCUCGAUGUACAGCCUUCAGUCUGCGGCUCCAUCAUCCCGAAGUCAUUCCCGACAGGGCCAACGGCCAAGAGAAAACUCUAGAGCGCGGAAGGCCCCACCCAACGAAGCGUUCUACGGUCAAGACAGGGAAGUGACAUAUGACGGAUGCGUGAGAGUAGCUCCUGCUCAACCAGGACUUGUAUACUGA